AUGCUGAAGACCCUGGUGGUGUUGGUAGCUCUUGGCAGCACCUCUUUGGCCUGUACUUUUGAGUCACCCUCUUCUUUCAAAAGCACGGGAAUUGUCUGCAGGAUCACCAAGCGGGCGGCACUAGUGCUCAAUCAGCAAACCACACGGAUCGUUCAAGCAGUGUUUCGUCAUGCAACCUAUCCUAAUAUCUCAGGGGAGCAGUCCAUGCGUUUUCUUGGCAAAGUGGCUUAUGGAUUAACAAACAUCCAUAUUAGCAACCUGUCCAUAGGAAACAGUGAGGUUGACUUCAAGGAGGAAACCAUUAAUCUGGAAAUCCAAAACGUCUCAGCCACCUUCAAAGGAACUCUGAGCUAUGGCUAUGUAGGUGCCUGGUGGGUGAAACUCAUUCAUAGGAUUGACUUUGAAAUUGAAUCUUCCCUUGAUCUCCAAAUAAACACUAACUUGUUGUGCAAAAAGGAGCUCCUGGCAGUCGACACCUCGGAUUGUUAUUUGACCUUCCACAAGCUGAUCCUGCACCUCCAGGGAGAGAAAGACCCUGGAUGGUUAAAGCAGCUUUUUACAAACUUCAUCUCAUUUACCUUGAAGCUGGUUCUUAAACACCAGGUGUGUAAGGAAAUUAACUUCCUCGCGGAUCUGCUGGCUGAAUUUAUUCAGGACACAGCAGCAUCUUUCCUUCGAGAUGGAGAUAUAGGAGUAGAUAUUUCUCUGGUGUCAUUUCCAGUCAUAAAAGGAAAUUACCUGGAAACACAUCAUAAGGGCCUCGUCCUCUACCACAACCGCUCAGACAGUUUCCACGACUCUGAAUUUGCACCGUCUCUACUGUCAGAAUCCAGAAUGCUCUCCUUUUGGUUUUCGGAGCAUGUCCUCAGCUCCCUGAUCUUGGCAGCCUUCCUAGAUGACCGUCUGGUGUUAACCAUCACAGGGGAAGAAUUAAAGGAAAUGUUUGAAAAUGAAGAGCUGGAAUCUGAUCAGGAGAUUGUGCGAGAGAUGUUCCAGGGCGCCUCCUACAAUGACUCCCUGGCUAAAGUGUGGAGUCUCAGUCCUCCCCAAAUUACCCUCCAGCCAAAAGGGACCGUGGUGAAGUCAAUCGUGGCCGUGGAGCUCAGCGUUUUUUCACCUGGGGAAGAGACCCUGCUGGUUAUAUAUUUUGAAAAGGCAGUCACUGUCACAAUCCAAGCUUCGUACGUGAAAAAGAGGCUGGUUCUGCAUUUCUCUGAGGUUGUGAUAGGGCCCAAAAUGAUUAAGUGCUCCUCUGAUAUAGCCGUGAACAAUGAAACUCUAAGGUACAUCUUGGAGAAAAUCAUCACUGUUGCUGGCAUCCCGGAAGUGAUUUCAAAAAUCGAGUCAGCUCUAACAUCCUUGAUGAACAGCAAAGGACUUGAUCUAUUUGACUUCAGAGACCAUGAGAUAAUAACCAGAAAUGGAUACUUCAUUCUGCAGAUAGACUUUGAUUUCCCACAUCAUUUGCUCCUCAAGUUUCUGAAGAGAAAUCUAUUGUAG